GCCUCUCUCGAUCAGAACCACCAAAGACCGCCAACGAGGAACCACUGCUGCUUCACCAAAUAAAUCAACAAACAAACUGCACCACAAAAUUGAUCAAAAUUCCUGAGAGUUUAAUUAAUAUAGAAAGAAUGACUAGAAAGAAUGACUAGAAAGAAAGAAAGACUAUAGAAAGAAUUAACAGUCAAGUAUGCUUCAUGUUCGUUAAUUUCUUUAAAAUACUCGUUUGAUUGGUGAAAAACUAAAAUCUAGGACAAGUGAUAAGUAUGGUGUUCAGCUGUCCAAUCUGCAGCGAACGGUUGGAUCGCGUACCAGGGGCACAAAAUGCUCCAAAAACUCGAGAGGAUAUCAGUAUCUCGUCUACACCAUGUGGCCACAUAUUUCACACAUUUUGUAUUCAGAAAUGGUUGACUGGUGCGCUCAGCAAUGCCAAUAAACAAUGUCCAUGUUGUCGAAAAGUGGUUCCUGGGGCGAAAACGCUGCCCCUCUUCCCAGACCGUUACGACGCCUCGCUUGAUGAUUCUUUGGUUGAUCCUGGUGGUUCUGGUGGCUUGCCAUGCGACGGAGACCAUUCACAUUAUCAAACGCAACUUAGCUCUCUGAAACAAGUGACUGAAACUCUCAGAGACAAAAUGAGAGAGACUGAGGAGUUGCUCGUGAUUCAAAAUGAUAUUAGUGAUGAUUACAAAGCAAAAUUUACCAAGGAGAAGGAACGAUCCAAUACGUACUUGAUCCAGUGGAGACAAGCAGAGAGUUACAAGUCAUACGCUGAGCAACAAGAGCGUGAAUGUACAAAUCUCACAGAGACACUGAAGCAGUAUGAACUAAUUUCCAUGAUGGUACGAAACGUCAAAGAGGACGUAAAGUAUGAUCUACAACGGUAUGCGUCAACCGCAUCGUUGGAAAAAUUGCUCGAAAUACACCACGUCAUCAAAGACGAGUACGACACUGCAACCAAGAAACUAACGGAUGUACAAAGCAAGCAGGAAAACGACAGACAGGAAAUCUCCAGACUGCGAAAAAAGUAUAAUGACUUACAAAAGGCUCAUGCCGAGUUAGAGCGGGUGCAUUUUAAUUGUUCCGAUAAUGGAAAUGCCAGUUUUGCUACAGGAACUACACCCCAGUCCUUGAAUAAGAUUGAUCACCACGUUAUGAAAAAUAACAGUCGGACGCCUCUCACGUUGCCAAAUUCACCAUCAAAGUUUAACCGAGCCAUGCUGGGUAGAUCUGGUAAAUUGAUGGAUGAAGUGGAUAGGGACAUACCAGUGAUUCAACCUUUCAACAAGAAGAACAAGAAACUAGUCCAAAAUAUUGACGAUAAUACGAACAAUAGAAUGAAACCUGAACCUAUGAAGCAAUCAUCAUCAAAGCCUUCAACAGUCCUCGAUAAAAAAUUAAAGAGGACAUUUGACUCAUCAUUACAAGACAAUAAGGUCGUGCUUUCUAAAAAGAAGACAAAUUUCCCAGUAUUUUCCGAUUUUGAAGACAGAUCAAUAACAAAGCCAAGCUCGAGUAAAAAGUCUAAACAGGAUAAGAAUGAUACGAUUGAAUUGGAUGACAGCGAUGAUGAAUUACUGGAUAUUCCACUGCGAGGAAGUCUACCUGGCCUCAGGAUAGAACAACGACGGACGGUCACUAAACCUAAACAAUUUACAUUUACGAAAAAGUCAUAAUUUACUAUUACUAAUUUAAAUCAGACGUGUUUAAUAUUAACCUUAUUAAAGUUACAACUUUUCAUUGGUCAAGGAAAGUAUUUGACAUAUGACAUAUCAGUAAAAUUAUAAGUUAUCGUGAGAACUUAUAACUCGAAGACACGAAUCCAUGAAAUACAUUUACUUUUUUACAUGUGAA